AUGAUUCGAAUGAGAUUAGUUGCUUUGCUUUUUCACUCUUUAGUUUUGGUUUCUAUAUCAUAUUACAUUAUUACGGAAUUGAAUAACCAUAUUGAAUCUGGAAAACGUAUGCAACAAGUUCUGAUUGAUAUUGGGCCAAGUCAGAAAAGUAAUAUAAUUUUUCCUGACUCAGAAAAGAUGACCGGAAAAAGCGUGAGCGAGAGUGAGGACGAGGACGAGGAAGAGGGCGAGGAUGAGGGUAAGUAUGGGGGUAAGGAUGAAGGUAGGGAUGAGGAUAAGGAUGAGGUUGAAGCUAAGGGUGAGGAUAAGGAUGAGGUUGAAGCUAAGGAUGAGGAUGAGGAUGAGGAUGAAGCUAAGGGUGAGGAUAAGGAUGAGGGUGAGGAAGAAAAUCCAAAUCAAAACGAAAAUGAAAAAACUUCAAGUUCCAAUAUUUUUAAAUCCUUCGAGGACUUGCCUGGCUUCAUUAAAAUAUUCCAAAAUCACCUGGAAAGUAAUUUCUCAAAGCCAUGUCAAAACUACUGGAAUGAAAGCUUGAAAUUGUCGAUCUCUAAAUAUAAGAAUACUAAUUAUCCAAGAUCAUUCAAACUAAGUCCUACUUUACAAACAGAAGAAAUACUGAAUUAUCUAUCAGGUACGACCAUAAAUGAAGACAAUACAAUGAUAAGAAUCAGAAUUAAAUAUAUAUUUGACUCACAAACUAAAAAAAUCAUUCAGUUUGAACCAAUAAUAUCAUGCAUUAAAGAUAGUCGUAUACCUAAGCCAAAACCAAGCCGUUUAAAGAUUAGAGACGUUAACCAUACUAUCAAAUACAUGUUCAAAGCUAUAAAAGAAAUUAACAAGGAGAGUAAAAACAGAAACCUUUCACAGAAUAAUAUAAGAUUUUUAGAUGUGCUCAUACAUUAUGAUGAUUGUCCUAUUAUCUGGAAUUCUAUGCCUUUUCAUAUUUACAAUAACGAUACACUUCAUCUAGAAAAGUGUAUCUUAAAUUCUAAAUUCUCCAAAUUAAUACAAUUUCUAAUCUCAAACUCAACAGAAAUUCAUCACAUAAUCCCCUCCAAACCAAUCAAUAGCAAAUAUAAUUUCUCAUCCAUUUUUAAUAAUAGUAACAAUUUCAAUAAUAAAUAUCCAAAAGUUCUCAAUGACUCUCUAAAAAGUCUUCCAAGCUAUUAUCUUUCAUUUAAUCCUCCUUACGAAACUACUAAUAACCUUCAAGGGAAUAAUUAUUAUAACUAUAGCAGAUAUUCUUCUAGUAACAAUAACCACCAUCUUCAAAGCCAAAAUAAGGAUGAUGGUACACCACCCCUUAAUAAUAGCAAUAGAAUCUUCUCAAGCCUGAUCAAUGGUAAUCUCCAAAAUCAUAUAAUAUGCAACGAAAUCAACAAUUUUGUUGAAAAAAUCAUAUCCAAAUAUUCUCUUCCAGGAAUUAUGUGUAGUGGAAAUAUACAGUGUUAUAUACCUUGUUUUUUUAAAAAUAAUCUUAUAUUCUCUUCUAUAUUUGAUAAGUUAAAGAAAAGAGAUACUUCUAAGUUAUUCAAUCAUCUUCAUUGCAUUUGCAAAUUCAUCAAUCCAAGUUCAAAUCCAGAAUCUGAUACAAAUUCUUCUUCUGGUCUUAUACUUUCCAUAUCAUCACACUUAAAUUCUUGGGACUUUGCCUCUAUUCCUUAUGUUAAUCAUUUAGAUAAUAGUGAAAUUACUGCAAGAUCUUUUAUAUAUAAUUACAGUCAAAACAAUACCAAUCUAUGGAAUUUAAAAAAUAAUACUCUCUUCUUUAUUGGAAGAUACACAGAUAUAUCCAGAUUAGAUCUUUCCUGUGAUAUUUACAAUCUUCUUCAUAAUAAAUUUGAGAAUAUCUCUAAUCAAGUCUUUAUCUCAGAUUCAAACAAAAUCUCAUGUGAAAAUAGAGCCAAUCUACUAGAGAAAUUAACAUUCUGUGAAUCAUCAUUCAUUUGCAGAAAAGAGUCCAUAUCCUUUAAUAAUUGGAUUUCCAAAUCUAUUUUCAGUAAAUUCUCUCUAGACCUUUCUGGAGUUGGUCCCUGGUCCAACAGACUCAGAAUUCUCAUGUUAACUGGAGCAAUGAUAUUCCAAAAUGUCAGAUCUUAUCAUUCUCACCAGUUUUAUGAUCUUAUAUUCAAGAAAAACAAUCUCUUCUUUAAGUUCAAUAAUCCAAAUGAUAUCUUUUUAAAUAUUAAUUCAAUAUUGGAAAAUCCUCAAAUAUCAAGUAAUAUCUCAAAAAUCGUCUCCAACUUUGCAAUCAAUUGUUUAUCUGAAGAUGGAAUUACCAAUUACUACAAAACACUUCUUCUUGAACUUGGAUACUGGGAUCUAGAUUCAUAUAUGUUUAAUAAUACUCAUUACUCUUUAAAAAACUUUACUGAAAUCCAAUUCUUUCCAAAAGAUAGUCUCGAAACAAUUAGAAAUAAGAUUGAAACUUGUAUUGGCUAA